AAAAAAGCAACCGGUAUCGGAAUCUGCCUAUUUGCUUGUGUAAAAAAAAAAAAAAAAAAAAAAAAAAGGCCAUGAAAAUGAUGGGUGCAUCACUAUAGGCUAUAUCUGCUUACCCUGGAGGAAUUAGAAAUUAGAUUAAAAAUUAGUUCACUGUGUAGUCAGGCAGAUGCAUUCAGCCCCAAAGCAGAAAUAACAUCACAGAUUAAUUUGUUCCAUCAUUAAUGAAUUAACCUAUGCUCUAAAAUGCUACAAGGCAAUAAUCAUACUGAAACCAGCAACAACAAAAUGACUGAAUCCUACUUUUUGUUGUUUUAUUUGUUAUUGUUUUUUCCCCUAUGGUGAUGAACUGAUACACUAGUCUUAUUCAUUCAUGUACCAUGUAUAUCCCUGCUGUAAAGUCACAUGCAGAGUGCUGAAAUACAGAGAAGCCGUCUUUAAAUAUUCUGAACCUCAUUUCAAAUCCCCUAAAAUAUUUAUUUAAUGAUUUUCUCAAUGAAGCUUCGUGAUCUGUAGGGGGCACCAGUUCACCAUUUAAUUUCAGAAAAACGCCAGCAACACUCAACAUUCUUCUGAAGAACAGAGUCGAUUUUAACUUUACACCGACUCGCAGCCAAUGUCAAUUCUGUGAAACUAUGACAAAUAUGAAAUUGAACAGAGUUACACUUUUAUGUUCCUGUUUAAUCUCUGUAAUAUCUAAUUACUAAAUGACGGAAAUGAAGCGAUUAAAUCAACAUACAGCUGAAAAAAAGAACAGCAUGAAGAUGUUUAUCUUUAAUCUUAAUAAGUAGAUCAGAAAAGUAUUGUUAAGCGUUUUCUACAAUGCAUUUGACACCAUUGUAGGUGUGUCACCAAUGUGACUUUUAAAUCAUUCUGGACAUAUCACAGUUCAACCAUUAUCAUAACAAUUAUGCUAUUAAUGCACUUAAUGUAGACAAGCGCUGGAUGUAAGCUUGGUGAAUCCUGAACUCUGUUGAACCCCGUAUUUUUACCCACAGAAGAUGCACUUAGUUUCAAUGAAGAGGAAGAUCUGUUUUUAUUGCUGUAAGUUAUAUAAACGCGUGAAACAUUAACGUGCAUAUUAUUUUUAUGUGCUGACAGAAAAAUGAUAAGGUUUAAGCUCUAGUCCUAGUUAACGGAGGUCUGCUGACAGGUACUGUCGUGUAUAAUGAUAUACCUUAAAUUCCACUUUAAGCACUUUAAGUUGUCAGUCUGUUUCUGAGGGGGCGCGACGGUAAUUACGCACACAACUAUUGCGAAAGACAUAGCGAAAUUUCACCAAUCCCUAUUACGAUGAUGGCGUGGCUAUUGAAUAUUCAUUAGGUUACGCAAUGAUCGGUAUUAAGAAGCGUCGGCAUGGCUCAUUAAUAUUCAUGAGCCGGGAAUGCUGCUGCUGCGCGCCUCAACAGAACUAUUCCGAUCGCCUGCGCAGACAUGAGUUCACACAGCACGUCUGCGCAGGCGAUGAGAGGGGAGGUGGAGAGCGUGUUUGAUGCACUCAUACAGUCAUUUAAAAGGGGCGGGAAUAUACAAACAGUCCCGCAUGUAUAAAACUCUUGGAAACACAUGAAGUGCUGUGGAGUUUGGACAUUAUGCGUAACAUACUGGCAGAGAAGAACAUGAGGAACAUGCUCUCACUACUCACCGUUGUGACUGUUUAUCUCGCGGUCUGGGGAGGAAUCACUGCAGAUGCUCAAGUCGGACCUGUGUUACAGAACUCCAUCAGGCAUCUGCCCGCAGCAUCCAGUCCGAGUGACGCGGUGAGCGCGAGCCCGCGCGUAACCGGCACCGCAGACAGCGACGCACCGGCGUCGCCGUACUGCGCCGCUGAUGCUGAGUGCAGGCCCGGUGAGUUUUGUAACGGCUCUCGGGGAGUUUGUCUCUCGUGCCGCAGGCGGAGAAAGCGCUGCGCUCGUGACGGGAUGUGCUGCGCUGGAAACCGAUGCAUCAACGGUGUGUGUCAACCUGCUGAUACCGAAGUUGUGACAGUAGACGCCGCUCAACCGGUUGGCAAUACGGAUGAGCCGAGUAUGACUGUAACACGUGGGCAGAACUUCACACAUCCUAAAAGAACCACCAUCCUACCAAAACCACAGCAGCCACUGAAAGGUGGCGAGGGCGAGACGUGUCUAAGGUCUUCGGACUGUCUGGAAGGGCUGUGCUGCGCCCGACACUUCUGGUCACGGAUCUGUAAGCCCGUGCUGACGGAGGGGCAGGUGUGCACGCGCCACCGCCGGAAAGGAGCUCACGGUCUGGAGAUCUUCCAGCGCUGCGACUGCGGCUCCGGCCUGACCUGCCGAGGCCAGAGAGAGAAACCCGGAGCUGAAAGCCGAAACCUCCACACCUGCCAACCGCGCUGACCACGCAGAACCGCUCUCGGCUCCAAACACACACACACACACACACACACACACACACACACAGCACGCGCACGCAUGCAGACACACAUGCAGCGGCGGCAGAGGAAAACUGAUUGCACGGAAGGAUGCGGCAUUAAAAGGACUGAUCGUAUUUCCUGGACGGAUGCAGAGAAACUGCACCGUACAGAUGUUUCUGUUGUACACUCUGCUAUUUAAGACUUUUUUCCCUGGGUCAUCACAAAAGGCAGAUUGCUUUUGUUUCCCUUUAUAAGGAACUUCUUAUUCUUCUUGCAGUAAAUUACUGUAUUGUAAAUACGUAGUCAGAAAUUGCACUUAACACUGAGCAUAUGGAUCCUGUAAAAGUAGCAUUUUAUGAUUCACACACAUCGAUAUUGUAAAUGUGCAAGCCUAUGAUUUAGAUGGUUGUCAGUACUAUUUUAUUUUAAGCAAAUUGUAAAGAUAUUUGUCUGAUUAAAAUAUAUAAAUGGAA